AUGUCGAAAAGUCGCAUGCCAUUGUACCUGGGUUUCGCUGCAGCCGGCGCAGGAGGUUACUACUUGUACAAUGCGGGCGGUGAUCCUGAAGCAGCAAAGAACCAAAUCAAGGUCGACGCUGAAAAGGCACGCGAGAAGAUCCCUGGCAAAGACAACGCCGAGAAGUUUGGCAAAGAUGUCGGCAAGGAGGUUGGCUCCAAUAUCGAUGACGCCAUCGCCCGAGCCCGUGCUGAGGGCAAGAAGAUUCCCGAAUACGCCCAAGAAGGCAAAGAUAAGCUUGACAAACUCCGUGACGAUGCGAAAACCAAUUUCAAUGCCGGUCUGAACAAGGUCAACAGCCAAGUGGAUCAAGUGGAUCGCGAGGUUGAGCAGAAGGCGGCCGAGGCCAAGGGCGCGGUCUCUGGCUGGUUUAGCAAGAAAUAA